AUGGAUCAGUCUGCAUCCGGUUUACUUUCGUGGCUCAUGACCCGCCAUUCACCUGUUCCUAAACAAAUCUAUAAAGAGGACGCCCGAGCAUCCUUUCCGUAUUCAUUGUCUGUCAAGAUCUUGUGGAUGUUGUUGCUGGACGAAAUAUACUCUAACACUUUUGGAGCCAUAAAGGCUUUUAUGGAAAUGGCAAUUGUUAUUGCCAACGAUCAGGAGGAAUCAGGCAUGGAUCCAACAGAUGUUCGGAUGGAGAAGAAUGAUAUCUUCUUCACUUGGCAUCGAAUGGCGUUUCUGAAGAUCGCGACGUUGCUGCUGUGGCUGCUGGUUGGUGCUGGUGCGGACUGCGGUCCAGAAGACGGCGUCUUCAAGUGCCGGGACCUUUGCGGAGAGGAGGUGCGGGACGCCAGUGGCUACAGACGUCGGGUGACGUUUAUUGGGUCAACGCUGUUUUUGGACUGCGUUCGUCAGGCGGAUCUCAAGGAGGUGAAGCUGGUGUCGCCGACGGUCUGCGUCGCGCGUCGUGUCGAAAUGGAUCGUGUCGUGAAGCCGUGGAGGUGGUGCGAGGAGGUUGUGCCCCCCAAACUGGAGAUCUCGACGGCGGCAGUUCCGCCCGUGGUUGACGAGCCUUGCCCUGUGGUGCCAACGGCCAACCUGGCGGUCGUCCACAUGCCGGCAAGCAAAACGCCGUUUGUGGUUUGGGCACCGCCCUCGACGCAACAAAGCGUUGUAGUGGCCCAAGAGGUGCCACACGUCAUUAGGGCACCGUCGUCAACGCUGGAGGUGACGGUCAACAUCAAACAUGGUGUUGCGCACGUCGAGGCGGACGUGGACCCGUGGACGGCAAUGGUCCUGGUCUUUAUGGGCCUUGGAGGUGCUGGGGCUACAUCCUUGGCAGUCUUUUUGGUCUGGCUUGUGAAGUUCAUCAGGAACAAGUCAUCGUACAUGAGGGAGUUGGUGCGCAUGCUGACGCUGGAGGAUCAGCAGGAUCCGGAAGCCCAACCAGUGGUGGACCUGCUGGGGCUGGAAGAGGCGGAUAAACCCGUCGCAGAAGAAAAGGAGGAAGAGUUGGUCCUUGAGGACAAUAAUCCUUUCAAAGAGAUGUUGAACGCGUAGAUAUAAAAUCGCGUCAAAGAAAGAGAGUGCCAUUUUCGUACCCGCAUUUUUAUAUGGGUCUCUUGGCAAUAGAGAAAUUUGUAAAAAGAA